CUUCACUCGAGAAUUAAAGGCCUGGUUUGUGUACACUCAGAGUGAUAACACUCACGUGACAUGCUAUAAACGAGGACGGUAUACAGGGUGGUUUAUUUAGCAGCUUUACACACCAGAUAUCCAAACUUCACGGACGUAACCUUACACCUACCCGGUCGAAUUGUAUAUUAAUGUAAAUCAGGAAUAGCUACAUUUAACUCUACAGAGGACAGAGCAACAGUUCAAUGAUUGUGGAGUGGACAAUAUAAGAUCUCUACACGUCACGAUCAGCAUCCUACAUUAAACCGGCCAAACCACGCAGGGAUAACAUUGCAGCUUUUAGAGAGGACACGCUUCAGAUCUCUACACGUCACGAUCAACAUCCUACAUUAAACUGGCCAAACUACUCAGGGAUGUAGUUCUGCAUUAUCUAAUCGCCACAGGAACAUUACAGCUUUUAGAAAGGACACGUUUCAGAUCUCUACACGUCACGAUCAGCAUCCUACAUUAAACCAAACUAUACACAGGGAUAGAUACCAGUAACUCUACAGCGAUUAGAGAGGACAAGUGUCAGUAGGACCCACCUGCGCAAUCGAUUGCGCAAGAACUUUGAAGGGACUAGUUUUACACUAACCCAACAAGCAGCCGAGAGCGCGCGAGAGGAAUGCUGUGGAACUGCAACUUGAAAUUUCUACAAGACAAGUUUAUUUUUUAUACUGACAUUACUGAAUGAAAGGUGAAGAUAACGAACAGUGAUCAAUCUCAUAACUCCUACAAGCAAUACAAAAUAGAUAGUUUGGCAAACACGGACCCCUGGCACACUAGAGGAAUAAGCAUCCCCUGUCGACCGGUCCCACCCGCCGUGUAUAGAAAGGAAAAGAAGGAACUGUACACAAGUUGUAAAGUAACAAUACUUAGAUGUAGUGCAUGACAUCAUAAAGGGGAAAGAAAGGAUUGACAUGUGGUAGUAUAAACAGCUGUAUCAUUAAUUCUUAGACAUCAUGAUUUUAGAACAAUUUAGAGUUGACCAGAAUUUGUCAUCAGGAAACUGUGUAUCUGUAAAUGUUUCACAUUUUUAGCUCACCUGAGCUGGAAACUCAAGUGAGAUAUUCUGAUCACUUUUUGUGCACUGUUUGUCUGUUCGUCUGUAUGCACAGUUUUCACCUAUUCGAUUUCUCCAGAACCACUGUGACAAUAUCAAUUAAACUUGGUACAAAUGAUCCUUGGAAGAAAGCCCUUAGGGGAAUCAAGUUCUUGAAAGGAAGAGUCAUGAUCCCUUCAAAAUGGAGAUAAUCAAGAAAAUGGAAAAAAUAGGGUGGAGUCAUUUGAAAAUUUUCUCAAGAACCGUUGGGCCAAAAAAGUUGAAACUUGCAUAAAGGCUUCCUGACAUGGGUACCAUCAAGUUUGUUCAAAUCACGGCCUCCAAGGACAGGGUGGGAUAUUUUAGGGGAUAGGAGUUUUACUUGAGUAUAUAUAACAAACAUCUUUGAAAACGUUCUUGUCAAGAACAACGGAGCUCCGUGUAGUACUGUCAUGUUGAUAUAUGCUAGGACACCCAGGUAGUGUAGAAUCAAAUUUGAUCAAAUCAGUACCCCCAAAUCCAGAACCCUGUGGAUAGUGAGUGUUCACAAUAGGGAUCAAAGUUUUGGAUGAUAAUAUAUAUAGGAAAAUAUUCUUUUCAACAACAGUAAAUCCAUGAUCAGUCAUUAUGACAAGACCGUACAUUUCAUAUCAUGAUUGUUGACCUUUUAACCUUGUAUUUCAGUUAUGUUGUAACAUUUGGGGCAAGAAAAACAAAGAACAGCUGAACAAUAGCAGGGCGAAGGUAACUCAGAUGAUAACAGCUAGAUAUAUCAGCAUCACAAAGACAGAAGAACAGAAAACAGGCACUGAAUCCUCAGGACAGCUGUGUGAAAGAGAAAAGGAAGAUAAAAACUGAGUGGUUCACACUGGACUCCCAUGAGGUCCUGCAUUACUGAGGAAAGAAAGGUGAUGUUAAAAAGCAUCAGUUUUGACCACACAGAGUAUCCUUAAGUAGGGGGACUCAACAUUAAUGAAAAUCUGACUUCCUGUUUUGACGAAGGCUUGGACCAUCAACAAGUUACUGUAUAGAUUGUGUUCCUAAAGACCCAGACCCUCCACAUCAUGGACACACUAGGACUCAGCACUCAGCUAAAAGUACGACAAUGUUUUCAAUGUCAGGGGGACACUGAGUUUUACUGUAACACAUGUAAACGUGAUCUGUGUUUACAGUGUAAAGAGAAACAUGUCAUUGAUCUACAUACCAAACACCAUGAUGUUGUGAUUUACCGUGAGAAGUUUAACUACAUCCCCAGACAAGAGAUCUGUGUCAGACAUCCAGACAGGUUCUAUGAAAUGUUCUGUCAGUCGUGUGAACUUUCUGUCUGUUUCCGAUGUUUAGAGCACCGAAAACACCAAAUACUGGACAUUAGAACAGCCUAUCAAACAAAGCGACAACAACACCGAGAAAUCAUUGACAACAUCAGAAGUGAGACUCUCUAUAACUGUCGUGUUCUCCUGGCAGGAAUCCAAACUGAUAUCCAAACUUGUCCCCCACAAAUCUGUCACCGUCAAUCACAGAUGUCAACAAAAGCCCAGAGACUGAAGGAUCUGAUUGACACUGCGGUAUGUGAUGUUAAAACAAGAUACCGAGGUUUAUUGAUUGAUAGAAUACAACAACAGAAGAGAAAAAUGAACAGACACCUCACCCACAUACAGAACUAUGAAGACAGAUAUGAACAAUCAGCAAACAGAGCGGUACAAUUCCUCUUGUUUAUAAAGACCAGUCGUGUCCCCCAGAUAAAGGACACCCCUAAUCUUCCACAACACCUGCUGCUGUCCCUGACUGAGGGAUUCAACAUGGAGGAUGUCAGUCAGUUAUUGAGGGGAAUCCCAGAAAUCCAAAUGACAACAGGAAAACGACAAGUAGGAAUAGACGAGUGUGUGAAACUGAUGUCCACACCUGUAUUACACACGUCUGUCUGUGUGACAGGUGUUAGUGUUGUGUUACACAUAUCUCGUGUGAUGUCAGACCGGGUCUGGGUCUCUGAUUACAAUAUCAUCUUGACAGACACAACAGGAGACACUAUACACCGUGUGACAGAUAUAACACCAUUGCAUGGACUACACACAGUGAACAGUUCUGGUGAACUGAUUUAUAUAGACAGUAAACGUAACAUCAACAAACUGUCUGUGAACAAUCACACAGUCACCACACAGAUAGAGUAUACAUCACCAUGGCAACCAGUGUGUGUGUACUGCUCCCCGUCCACUGGAGAUCUGAUGGUCGGGAUGUGGAACUAUGAUACAGAUACAGGCAAGGUAACCCGGUACAACAGUAGUGGUCAACACAUCCUGACCAUACAACACGACAACAAACAUCACACGAUGUAUAGUCAUCCUCAUUAUAUCACAGAGAACACUAACGGUGAUAUUAUUGUGUCUGACAGGUCACGUCGUGCUGUAGUGGUGACAGAGCGCGGGGGGAGACAUCGAUUCUCCUACACAGGACCUCCAUCAGGAUCAUCACUACAACCACUAGGAAUCUGUACAGACGCGCUGUCACACAUCCUGGUGUGUGAUGGUAACACCGACACAGUACAGAUGAUUGACAAGGACGGUCACUUCCUGUCUCUGUUACUGACACGACAACACGGGAUAAACAGACCACUCAGCCUGAACUAUGAUGAUAAAACUCACCUUCUCUGGGUCGGAUCAGAGUACACCAACACAGUGUCUGUAUAUAGAUAUCUACAGAGGAGGUACUCUCUGACUGAUAAUCCAGACAGAGAUGAGCGGAUCACGGAAGCUUCAAGUGAUGAGGGGGUUCAGGAAUCAGGAUUAGAGCUGGAAAUCAGUGAAGAGUCCGAGUCUGAAGAAUACAGAUAUUAUCUGAACUACGAAGACAGCAGCGAGGAAUCUGAUCCUGAUGACGAGGACACUGCUGAAUCAGGGACCAGUGAAGAUAAUGGUGUAGAGGAAAAUGGGCAUGAUUGGAAUUUAGAGGAGACCAGCGAGAAUGAAGAUGAAUUAGAAAUGUCUGGAUGUCGGCACGAACAGAUUGCUAUGACUGAACAGGCCACCAACACCACGUCAUCAUUAAUCUUCCACUCCCCACCUGUGUCCCCAGACAGAAUUCCUGAUGUAUCCCCAGACUCUCCACCCUCCACCUGAGACAUUGAAGUUAACAGGCCACCAACACCUCAUCACCACAUCAUCUUCCACUCUCCACCUGAAACAUUGAUGUUAACAGGCCAUCAACACCUCGUCACCACAUCAUCUUCCACUCUCCACCUGAGACAUUGAUGUUAACAGGCCACCAACACCUCAUCACCACAUCAUCUGCCACCCUCCACCUGAGACAUUGAUGUUAACAGGCCACCAACACCUCGUCACCACAUCAUCUGCCACCCUCCACCUGAGACAUUGAUGUUAACAGGCCUCCAACACCUCGUCACCACAUCAUCUUCCACCCUCCACCUGAGACAUUGAUGUUAACAGGCCACCAACACCUCGUCACCACAUCAUCUGCCACCCUCCACCUGAGACAUUGAUGUUAACAGGCCACCAACACCUCGUCACCACAUCAUCUGCCACUCUCCACCUGAGACAUUGAUGUUAACAGGCCACCAACACCUCGUCACCACAUCAUCUUCCACCCUCCACCUGAGACAUUGAUGUUAACAGGCCAACAACACCUCGUCACCACAUCAUCUUCCAAUCUCCACUUUAGUCCCCAGAUAUAAUCCCUUAUAAACCUUAAAAUAAAGCAAUUUAUCACUAACUGAAAAAACAAAAGUUUUGGACUUUGACAUUGCAAUAUGGUACAGGCAGGAAGCAUCUUUCUGUUUGGAAUUUAAUUUUAAGUUGAGUGAAUCCUUUUGAGGACGUGGAUCAGAUUCCACAAACGUAAUUGUCUUUGGUGUCUGUUGAUGAUAACAAGGAAAACAUUGACCCCAGUGUGCAAUACACAUGUUGUGAAAACAGAUUUAUGUUUGUAUUAAAAUUUGUAUAGACAGUUUGUUUUAUGCAUGUAACAUGUUUAUCAUGAAAAAAAUAUAUUUAUUUAUAUCAUAAAUUUUGUAUAUUACUUCAUUUGGUUUGGUGAUUAUAUCUGAAAUUUUGUAUAUUGUGUUUUAUGUGUAGUUUGAUGUUUGUAAACUGAUGUUUUGAAUAUUACUACAUUUAGCUUGAAGAUUGCAUCAAAAUUUUUAAUAUUACUUUAAUUACUUUGAUGAUUCUAUCAGAAAUUUCGUAUAUUACUAGAUUUAGUUCAAUGUUUACAUCAGAAGGUUUGAUAAACUUAGAUCUCCAGUUUCAUGUAUAUCUGUUAUUGACAUUGCAUUGUUUAAAGAAUGUUACACCAGAAUAUAAUAUUUUCACAUAAAAA